AUGGGUAUCAAAGCUGUAGAAAUCAUACCAGGGAUAGAGCACAAACUGUUUGUAAAAAUUCCUGAGGUUAGUAAUGACAUUAGAGUCUUACUUAAACUUGUUGAAACCAGAAUGAGAGACAGGUUCAAGCUAAAUGCUAGAGGAGGUGAUGGGGGCAGUGGUUGCUCCAGCUUUCGACGUAGCCGACAUGACCGGCGUGGCAGCCCAGAUGGUGGAAAUGGUGGUAGAGGAGGUGAUGUAAUUUUAGAAUGUUCCUCUGCAGUUUGGGACUUCAGCAGCUUGCAACCUCACAUUAUUGCAGCAAAAGGGGGUCAUGGAGCCUCAAAGAAUAUGAUAGGAACUCGGGGGGAAGAUAAGAUUGUCCAAGUACCUGUUGGCACCGUGAUUCAUCUCAUAAAGGGUGAGCUUCCAUCUAUUGUUGAAAACUGUUCUACAAGAGAUCUGGACCCCUGGGACAUUCCAGGCACCCUUGACACUGAUCAGUCGGAUAAGUUUGUGAACCUCGCUGAAGAAGUUGCGCCGAUGGAUUGUACCAGUGGCUUAUCAUCUCAUGCUGAAAGGACAUUAAGCAGACAAGCCACUCAAGAUGAGUCAACAAGUGUGGAAGAUAUACAAUACAAUGUUGCAGAAUUAACAAAACAAGGUCAACGAAUAAUUGUUGCUCAUGGUGGGGAGGGUGGAAUGGGUAAUGUUUCUUCUGUAAAUAAUUCAAAGAAGGCUAGGCUUAAUAAGCCUGGCAUCAGUAGGGGUAAUGCGUUUGAUCCUGAAACACCCAAUGAGGAUCAAUCUGCCCUUAGUUCUGGUGUACCUGGUUCUGAAGCUCUUGUGGUAUUAGAAUUGAAGAGUAUUGCUGAUGUUGGAUUUGUGGGGAUGCCAAAUGCUGGUAAAAGUACUCUUCUUGGAGCUAUAUCAAGGGCUAAACCUGCCGUGGGCCACUAUGCCUUCACAACUCUGAGACCAAACUUAGGGAAAGUAAAUUUUGAGGACUUCUCAAUCACAGUGGCUGACAUUCCUGGACUCAUAAAGGGUGCUCAUGAGAAUCGUGGACUUGGACAUGCUUUCCUGCGGCACAUUGAACGCACUAAGGUUUUGGCUUAUGUGGUUGACUUGGCUGCUGCACUGAAUGGUAACAAAGGACUUCCACCAUGGGAGCAGUUGAAAGAUUUAGUGCUAGAGCUUGAGCACCACCAAAAGGGUCUGUCUGAUCGACCAGCCUUAGUGGUGGCAAAUAAAAUUGACGAGGCCGGGGCUGAAGACGUUUAUGAAGAAUUGAAAGGAAGGGUGCAAGGUGUUCCUGUGUAUCCAGUGUGUGCUGUCUUGGAGGAGGGGGUACCAGAGCUGAAAGUUGGUCUGAGGAUGCUCGUGGAUAGUAGAGAAUCACAGAGACUGACUUCAGAAAACAUUGAUUGUUCUUGA